AUGGAUUUCUUCGACGGGCCGGGAGGGAUGUUCGCGCGGAUGAUCCCGGGGGCGCCGAGACCGAAGGCGCGGACGCCGACGGUGACGAGCGGUGAUUCGGUGAUUUUUGAUUUCGGCGCGCUGGACGCGCGGACGUUUGACGCGACGUUUAACGCGCUGAAUGACGUCGUCAUGGGCGGGGCGUCGGACGCCGAGGUGACGCUGGAACGUGAAGGGUACGCGCGGUUGGCGGGGGAGACGGAAGACGUUCGUGGAGGGUUCGCGAGCUUUAAGUGUCGAGACUUUGAGCGACCGCUGGAUUUGAGCGCGUACGAAGGCGUUCGGCUGACGUGUCGAGGCGAUGGCAAGACGUACAAGGUCAUCCUGUACGAUAACGACGAAUCUUGGGGCGGCGUGGCGUUUCACCAGACGUUCGUAUGUCCGUCGAACGGAGAGUUUUCGACGGUUGAUUUGAAAUUUAGCGACUUCGUGCCGGUGCAACGCGGACGCGGCGUCGCCAAGGGCGACAGCGGUUACCGCACCACGACUGGGAAGAACGUGAUGUCGAUGCAAUUCAUGCUGAGUAAGUUCGAGUACGGGAUGGAGCGAAAAAAUACGGGAUACGCCCCGGGGCCGUUCGAGUUCGAACUGAAACGCGUCGAGGCGUACAAGUAA